CGCCGAUUCCUAUAACCAGAGGUUAAAAUCUCUCUCUCUUUCUCUCUCGCUCGCUAUCUUUUUUUUUCUCGCCGGUUCUAAUGGCCGCCGUCGCAGAUUCCGUGGAGAACGGUACUAUAAACUAUCCUGACAAUGAAAAUCACAUACCGGCGGGAACCAGUACCAUCGCAUUCCCUGAAGAAAACUCUGGUUCCUUUCCUGAAUUGAAUCAGCCGGAUAGUUUAGCUGCUGAAGCUGCCCCCGAUACGAACGAUUCCGCGGCGGAGAGAUGGCCAGGUUGGCCUGGGGAUUGCGUGUUUCGUAUGAUCGUUCCGGUGACUAAGGUCGGAGCUAUCAUCGGAAGGAAAGGAGAUUUCAUUAAGAAGAUGUGCGAGGAGACUCGUGCUCGCAUCAAAGUCAUUGAUGGUCCCGUUACGACUCCCGAUCGCGUCGUGCUAAUAUCUGGAAAGGAAGAGCCAGAGGCUUACAUGUCCCCUGCGAUGGACGCAGUCGUAAGGGUGUUUAGACGAGUUUCAGGAUUGCCCGAUAAUGAUGAUGAUGACGUUCAAAACGCCGGAAGUGCCUUCUGCUCAGUGCGUUUAUUAGUUGCAUCUACGCAGGCUAUUAACUUAAUCGGAAAACAAGGAUCCUUGAUUAAAUCAAUAGUAGAGAACUCUGGUGCAUCAGUUCGUAUAUUAUCAGAAGAUGAAACACCAUUUUAUGCUGCGCAAGAUGAGAGGAUAGUGGAUUUGCAGGGGGAAGCUCUGAAGAUUGUAAAAGCGUUAGAAGCUAUAGUCGGACAUCUAAGGAAAUUUCUAGUAGACCAUACAGUGGUUCCUCUCUUCGAGAAGCAAUAUCUAGCUAGAGUCUCUCAAGUGCGUCAGGAAGAACCGUUAUCUGAUAACAAGUCAUCAUCUCUCCAUAAUAUUUCGUCAAAUACAAUCGAGUCUGAUUUCUCCCUCUUAGCACGGAGAGAACCUCUGUUUAUGGAGCGGGAUCCUCGGUUGGAGUCACGUGCUCAGCAUUCAGGAGCUUCUAUCUACAGUCAGGAUCCUGUACUGUCCUCCAGACACUCUCCUGGUCUUGCUCGGGUUUCUGCUGCUUUUGUUACACAGGUAUCUCAAACGAUGCAAAUACCAUUCUCCUAUGCUGAGGAUAUUAUUGGUGUAGAAGGAGCUAAUAUAGCCUACAUCCGUCGAAGAAGCGGAGCGACCAUAACUAUUCAAGAAAGUCCACAUCCUGAUGAAAUCACGGUGGAAAUCAAAGGCACAUCUUCUCAAGUACAAACUGCUCAGCAACUAGUUCAAGAGUUCAUCAGCAAUCACAAGGAACCAGCUUCGGUUUCAGGGGGAUUUGCAAGAAUCGACACUGGCUAUGUACCCUCAUAUCCUCCUCAGCUGAGUAACCGUCAAGAGCCGCUCUCGAGCAACUACAUGGGCACAGAGACGGUGCAGUACAGACCAACCUCAUACCCUCAGCAGCCGGCGGGUCCUUCGACCUACACGCCGUCGCUGACUGGGCAAGCUUAUGGUACGGAAUAUAGACCAGCUUCUGAUGUUGGUGGCUACAGCAGCAGUUACAAUCUUUGAAUCGUGUGCUCUGUGUGUUAUUUACGAGGUUUAAUUCAUUUCCAGAUUAAUUUCUGUUAAGAGAAAGGCUCAUUCUAUAAUAUAGAGAGGAAAGAACAAGUGCUAGAGAGCCAAUGUAGUUGAUUGUGUAAUGUAAAUCUAGGUGCCUGUUUUUUUCUUCUUUUUUUUUCUAGUCACGAUAUGUUUUACACGACGUUUCUGGUCACUAUCAAAUAACAAUAGUUUCGAGGGUUUUGUUUUGUUUCUCUAAUCCUGUCCGCUUUGGUGUUUGUUUGGUAUUGUUUAAGAGAUUAUUCUCAAAAAUCAGAAUGACUUUUUCAGUU